AUGUUCAUCGUCAUUUCCAAGAAGUUCUUUAUUAUCAAUAAAGCAGACAUUGACAGUGCUGAAAAGCAGCCAGGCAGCACUGUCUGCGUGCUUGACCUGAUCGAUGAAACGAAAGAACCAGUGGCCAUUGAAUGGCCGCCUAAGAUUGUCGCUUCUAGGGACGAACCGAAAUCUAAACCAAAACAACCUGGAAACCCUCGUGUCAUUUGUGGCGUUGUCUCACCCUCUGAAGACUUUAUAGCCCUCUGUGAUGACCAGAAAAAUUUGGUUGUUUUCAAUAAAGAUUUUGAAGCUUUGAGGCAUUUUGUUGUGAACCGGAAUAUCAUCAAACUUCUCUUUAGAAGCGAUGAAAAGACCAUUUUCAGCUGUGACAAGACGGGAGAUGUUUACGAGUUUUGUCUAUCAGAGUCGACAAGUCAAGAAAAACUUCUCUUCGGACAUUGUUCAAUGAUGCUUGACUUCAUCUUGACACCGGACGAUCGUUACAUCAUUAGUGGUGAUCGAGAUGAAAAAAUUCGCGUUACAAACUAUCCAAACACCUACAAUGUGGAAAGCUAUUGUCUUGGUCAUGAAGAGUUUGUCUCAGCUCUUCAGCUGCUCGAUAGCUCCACUCUUGUUUCCGGCUCUGGUGAUGGUCGAGUGAUUUUCUGGGACUUCUUAUCUGGAAAACGCUUGUUCUCCUUUGAUUGUGAUCAACGAGAAAAAAGUUCCACUAACGAAAAGCCGAAAACUGAGAAGGAGCAAUCACCAUUCCCAAUCAAAUCAAUCACCACCGAUUCAGCCAAUGCCACCUAUAUGGCCGUUACAUUUUAUAAACAAGCUCUAAUUUAUGUGUUUAAAGUCCUUCGCAACUCUGACCACUGUGCCUCGUCACUUGAACUCAUUCAGAAGAUUGAAACGGACAGUGAGCCUGUUUUGGUGCAAUUUGACAAGGCACAUAGCAAUUUUCUCUGGGUCAUUGGUGGCUUUUCCGAGAAACCCGGUUAUUUGCUUGAGUUGAAGAAGGGCGAGUUCAUUCAAGCUUUCAACACUAAGGUUGUCGACUUUUUAAGCCGUAACGAGCAAGUAAAAGUGGCCAUCAAGGCGGAACACCAGACGGUGCACCCUCUGGAAGGUCUCUACAAGCACAACUUUAAUAACGUUGAAAAGUACUACGAGCGCAAAAUGUUGCGCAUUGAAAAUGAAAACAAAAAAUAA